CGGAGAACAAACAGAUAAGCGUACUUCCCAAAAGGGAAAUCACUCUUAGCAGAGAUAAUCAGGGCAAAUCUGCGGUAUAAAAAGGAGCAUCCUUAGCUUCAACAGUCCAGUCUAAAGUUAAGAUUCCAACAAUCAAGAUGCAACUGCUGCCAAUUCUUGUGCUCCUUGCGCUAGUCAUCUGUGCCGCCUGCAAGAACCACGAGGAUUGGGGAGGACAUCGACCAAGUGAUUACGAUCCCAGGCCUUAUUCAAGGCAGUUCUGAAGCAACUGAAAGCUGUAGCUAAUUGUCUAUAUUAUUAAACAAAAUCUACGAAAAAUCUA